AUGAAGUCCUUUUCUAGUUCUGCGAUCAAUAAAACCGGCAAGAAAUUCGCCCCGAAGGCGCCUAUCCGCCGUGCGCCCGCCGCGCCCGCGAGACGACCUAGUGUUGCUCAGCAGUCGCCGGCCGAGCCUGUUCAGGAAAACAAAGCCAAAGAUGUAACUGACGCUCAUCUGCCACCUUCUCUGGCUGCCGAGCCGGAACCACGCGCAAUCACAGAGGCCUCACCAGCAUCAAUCGCUGCGCCUACCAGGGAACAAACACCCAUUACUUUAGCUGCUCCCCAAGUUGCUACUCCUGUCACCACUGUCGCUCCUGCCAUCACUACACAAACUGUCACGCCUAUUGCUACACCCAUCGCCAAGCCGACUCCGAUCUCCAAGCCGACUGCUAUCCCAAAACCGACUCCGAUCCCCAAGCCGGCUGCCAUCUCAAAGCCAACCCCGAUCCCCAAGCCAGCUGCUAUUCCCCGUCCACAAAAGCGCGAUGCAUCUACCUCCGUCUCACAACCAACACCUGUCUCAACCGCCCCGCCUACCCCUCCUUCCACUCAACCCACCCCAUCUCCGGCCAAUGUCUCUAGUGAGGCUCAACCUCCGUCCUCUGAGGCACAUGGGCCAGAGAAGGCUCUCUUAGAAUACGCCAGGAUUGAAACCGCGCGGGCCGCAGAACAUCUCGUCGAUUCAACCGAAACUCUACCUCAAUCUCAACCUGAAAUUGAACAAACUGCCCCAAGCGAUGGUCGACCAACAAAACGCGCUCGAACUUCAUCAACUACAUCUAUUGCGGCGCCAGCUCGGAAGAAGUCUGCAUCCGCAGCAGUAAGUCGUCGAGGAUCCCAGUCAAUCGUGCCUACGAUCGAAGAUGCAAGCGCAACGCCCGGUGAAUCCAACGUUUCGACUCCAGAUCCAACAAAGCCCAAGAAACGAAAGUACUCAAAGGCCGGUACCUCGGAUCCUGAGGGUAGCGAGAAACCAAAGCGCACCCGCAAGAAGCGUGAACCUACCCCGGAAGGCGCAGAGACAGUAGAAAUCUUACCUAAUGUUGUGAAAAUGUCGGAGCUUUGCAAAGAUCUCCGAACUGGAAAGAAGUCCAAGCGUGAGACUGAGCUACGUAAGAUUGACAAGGCUGAAGAAGAGCGCAAGAAGCAGGGCGGAACCCCAGGGCCAGGGACACCCGUCAAGCAAACCGAGGCCGAACAGGAGAAGACCGAACAACCGGUCGAUUGGAAACCACAAAGCGGCCCUAUUAUGCGAAUCGUUAAUGGCGAGAUCGUGCUGGAUAAUACGUCCUUGCAGGUUGAUCGUCACGCAGAUGCCGCUCGAGCUGCAGGCGAUCUCGAAGAUGUGGUGGAAAGCUCGUUCACCCGAAAGAUCAACCAGGCCUCGUACGGCAAGCGUACAAAGACCGAAACAUGGGAUGAAGAGAUGACAGACCUGUUUUAUCGCGGGCUCCGCAUGUUCGGUACCGAUUUCAUGGUGAUUAGCAAAAUGUUCCCGGGUCGGUCUCGUCGUCAGAUCAAGUUAAAGUUCAACAAUGAAGAGCGCCGUGAUCCUCAACGAAUCAAAGACACCCUUAUGGGCCCGUCUGAGACCAUCGACAUUGCAACUUACUCGGAGAUGACGAACACUGUCUACGAUGAUCCCAAAAUCGUUCAGCAAGAACUUGACGAUGAAAAGCAGCGGAUCGAGGCCCAGCACGCCAAGGAGAAAGAAUUACAAGAGGACAUGCUGCGCAACCCAACUAGUGAUUCCAAGGACGACAAGAACGAUAAGACGGUUGUCAAGAAGUCGCGCAAGAAGGUGGGGUUGAAGAACCAGGGGGGUGGAACCGAGGAAGUUCUAGGAUCGAUCGACGACUUCCCCUCGGCUUAA